AUGCCCUUUGUGCGUUCCCGUAAAGUCACAAAUACAGGCCUUGCCUCAUCUUCCGAGAGCACAUCAAGUAGUCCCGAACAAAAAUACCGAAGACGUUCAAGUGAUACAAUCUCAAAUGAUGACUUACCGUUAUCGAUAAGCUUCAUGAAGAGGCCAUCUAGAUCCAGCUUCUCAGGAGAGAGCGAUGAAAUCAUGAAACACAACACUAUCCUGAACUCAAAAACACACUCUCCACCUCCACCGCCCUCCCAGGAAGUGCCUAUAGCGGAAAUAGAUAACGAGCUCACUCCAGAGCCGAUAGGUAGCCCGGUGUCACUGCCGGACUCCAAAUAUGAGCUAAUGUCUCCAUUGGUGCGCAAGAAGUCAGGGGAGCUUGUCAAAUCGUCCCUCAAGCUCAAUACUCUGGGUGGUAGCUCCAAGUCUCUGCCUACCACUCCAACCUACAAACAAGUGCAUUUUGGCGGAAGCAUAGCUGUCAAGUAUUUUGAUGAGGCAGAUAAGCCCAAUUCAAUAAGCGCAGGCAACUCCCCUUUUGUUUCUGAUGACGAAUACGACUCAGAGUUCGAAUCUGAUAACGAUGAUUAUUUUGGCUCCCAAGAUACUAUCUACAGCGUUUCAAAAGAAUAUGUUGAAUGCGGAAGCCGCAGGUCAAUUGAAAAGUUUAAAAAGUUGAUCAAAGUAUGGGACCUCAAUUCGGAUCAAUUCCGAAAAGUGUCCUACAGAGAUCAAAUUGAUAAAGAAACACCUGUUUUCCUAGAACGGUGUUUUUUGAGCGUGGAUAAGACCGAACUGAUAGGACAAAUUGCCGUGAAAAACCUGUCCUUCCAAAAAUCAGUGACGGUUCGAUACACUUUUAACGACUGGGAGACAGCCAUCAAUAUGGAAGCUUCUUAUGUUCCAGACAUUCCAAGGCUACUAAGACGUGCCAAUUACGACAGAUUUGUUUUCAAACUAUCAGUUCCAACUCUGUUUUCACAGUUCUAUUCUAGCCACCAACCGUUGGUUGACCUGAAUCCAUACUUUUUUCUUUGUGUCCGAUACGUUUCUAAUAAUCAAGUAUUUUGGGAUAACAACUAUCAAAAAAAUUACGAGUUGCGGUUUUUCACAGAGGCAUCUCGCGCCAAGGGACCUAGAAAGAACCCCCACCGUGAAAACCUGUAUUCAUCGAAGUUCCUUCGCAAAAGCGCCAGUUUUGAAGAUGUCUCCUCCAGGCUGGGUUCCACAAACGCUUCAAACCCCAGGUCAUUCCCUGAGCUGGAGAACGCUCUCAGAGACUUAGAUUUGCCAGCACCUUCUAAAGCUGAACUUAGUCAGCAAAUACCUUAUGAUUUCCACCAAGAAACAGUCCUAGAUAGCAGCAUGAACUCUCCGGGAACCCCAUUGAUAUUUCAAAAUGUGAGUGCUGCCCCUACAUUCACGGACUUGAUGUCGCCGUCUCUCCCUUUGAAAGUCAAGAAUGAUAACAAACCUAACCAAGACGAUAGGGAAAUAUCGCCAACGACAAAAGUGCCUGAAAGUGAAAUCCCACCAGUAUCCGAAUAUACAGGCGUCGCCAACCACUCGCGUAAGCCGGAGAUCAAUUCAAAGUCAUAUCAACAAUUACUAGAGAACUACUGCUUUUUUCAAAGCCCCUCCACUGUGUCUUCAUUUUUGAACGAUAACAACGCUAAUGAGAAGUCACAAGUUGACAACAAAUUUGGCCACAAUUUCUAUUAG